CGGUAGUUCAAAUGGCCUGUCCAUAAAUGUCAACCACUCGUCAAACGUCAAACAUUUGCAUUACUAAAUUCAGAAAUUUUUGAUUUCUUGAAUGAUUUUGCAUUAAAGUGGGCCCUAAUUACCACUAGUGAUUAUGUCCCAGUAAUGUCCAGAGUAAGUGUUCCUUAAUUGUGCUUAAACUACCCAAAAAGUGGGAUUAGUUUUGUGCAAAAAUGAGUAGUUUGCGUCCCAUGAGCUCGUGCUACGAGCACAAUGUGUACGAAAUGAACAAUGAGAGUAUGGUUUUCCAACAAAACGACCUUUUCCCCCUGGCUUUCCCCUGCAUGGAGGAAAUCCGGCGUCAGGGGCGGCUAUGCGACGUUGUUUUGAAGAUUGAUGGCCAGGACUUCAGUGCCCAUAAAAUCGUCCUGGCCGCCACCAUCCCCUACUUCCAUGCCAUGUUCAUGAACGACAUGGUAGAGUCCCGGAAUAAGGAGAUUGAAAUGAAAUGCAUCGACGCAAUGGCGCUAGAAGCUCUGAUUAAUUUCGCAUACUCAGGCCGUGUCAUUCUGGACAAAAACAACGUUCAGAGCAUAAUGAUAGGGGCCUCGUUUUUGCAACUGAGCAAAGUCAGGGACGCCUGUGCCAAUUAUUUGCUACAAGGGUUGCACCCCCAGAACGCCAUAGGGGUGCGUGAUUUUGCCGACAGUCUUGGGUGCCCCAGCUUGGCCGACUCGGCCGAGAAAUACAUUGAGACGUACUUCCACGAGGUGUCGCUGCAUGAGGAGUACCUCAAUUUGAGCCUGGCUGAGGUUAAGACUUUGCUAAACAAAAAUGAAUUGAGGGUGGAAAGCGAGGAGCAGGUUUUUGAGGCUUGUAUGAGGUGGAUCAAGCAUCGGGACUGUCGGAAGGAGUUUUUACCCGAGCUUUUGGCCCUUGUGAGGCUCCCGUUGCUGUCCCCGCUCUACAUUACCGACAGAGUGGGGACCGAGGAAGCCAUUCGUUACUCACUGCAAUGCCGCGAUUUGUUAGAUGAGGCCCGCACUUAUCAUUUAAUUCCCGAGCGACGUGCUUUGAUGCAAAGUUUUAAGACCGAGCCACGAGCUUGCGAAGUUAAAGGUUACAUUUACGUAGUUGGGGGGCUAAAUAAACACGGGGACUCACUGAGCACUGUUGAGUAUUACGACCCCAAAACAAACACCUGGCACAUGGCGCCACCUAUGUCAAUGUUGCGGUCUCGGUUAGGUGUCGCGGUCCUGAGGAGCCAAUUGUAUGCCUUCGGGGGCUAUAAUGGCAAAGACAGGUUGGCCAGUGUUGAAGUUUACGACGCCACUAAAAAAGAAUGGUCCUCGGUGAGCCCCAUGCAGUGUAAACGAAGCGCACUGGGGGCUACCGCCCUAGGCGACAUAAUCUACGUUUGUGGGGGCUAUGAUGGGGUCACGUCGCUCAAUUCCGUGGAGCGGUACCACCCAUUGACCAACACUUGGUUUUCGUUAGCCCCCAUGAAUAAGUCGCGCAGCGCUGGGGCCGUGAUUGCCUGCCAGGGCUACAUUUACGCACUGGGGGGGCACGAUGGGCUUUCCAUUUUUGAUUCAGUCGAGCGCUACGAUCCGAAUUCUAAUACUUGGACGGAGGCGGCCCCCAUGUUGACGAAGCGAUGCAGGUUGGGGGUGGCAAUGUUGGGGGGGAAGUUGUACGCGUGUGGGGGCUACGACGGGAGCACGUUUUUGCAAACUGUGGAAAUGUACAAUCCUUACACUAAUAAGUGGACGUAUGUGGCCCCCAUGAACGCGCAAAGGAGUCGCGUAGCCUUGACGGCAAAUAUGGGCAAAUUGUGGGCUGUUGGGGGCUAUGACGGGAUCUCGAAUUUGGUUUCUGUGGAGGUUUAUGACCCGAAGACGGAUCAGUGGACGUAUGCGGCCCCCAUGGUGGCGCAUGAGGGGGGCGUGGGGCUGGGGGUUAUCUCUGUUCCUUAAUUGACUGUUAAUUAAGUAAUUUAUUGUUUUAUCUUAAGAAAUAAAAUGUUUCAUCAAA